AUGUCGCACGGGGCCACACAGUCGUAUUUGAUGGGAGUCGUCACAAUGAGUCAUCACGUAGACGGCAAUGUACAGGCGGUCUACGUUCCGAUCGGGGCUCUGGUUUUUUGGGUCAUCACCGUCAUCGACGGCAUAAAAUCAGUGUUCAGCUCCGAGGCUUCGCUGUCGUACAACUACCAGUUAUUUGAAAGCCUCUUUGUGAGGAAAAUAAUAAAAAUGGAUUGGGAAGGGAUUUGGUGCCAGUUUACGACUUAG